AUGCUGUCCAGCCCCGACCAGAUCACUCUGGCCACACAAGGCAGUUUUAACCGCGUGGGCUAUCUAAACCCUCUGGCGCAACGGUGGCAGGGCCCCAUCUCUCUGGCGCUCUUACUGGACGACAGGUCACAACUGCAGAACAUACGCGAUGUCAUUCGGGGCGAUCCCUUGAUACAACAGUGGGUGGAUGUGCAUGUGGCCAUCCGAUUGCCCAAGAACCAUGGACCGGUCUCAAAAUGCGGGACAAAGUUACCGGGAGACUACCUGGCUGCGGCCAAGGAAGCUGGGCUGCAGAUGUACCUCCCAGACCUGACCAUGGCCGGGGGUCAGUUUCUGUACAAGUGCGUGACCACGUGUGUGGGUUUCGGACACCCGUUUGCCCACUGUUAUAAGGAGUUCAAUGUGUGCGUCAAAGAGGAGUACGGCUCCAUUGCUCAGCAGGUGGGUAAACUGGCCGAGGCCUUGGGCCACCCCAACCACACACACACGGAGUGUCCGAUGAAAGACGACCACUACCCUGUCAAUAUGCUACGUA